CCUGUCUGAUAGAUAGAGACCUGUAUCUCUAUCUAAGGUUACACUUGUUUGCCCUACUUAUUCCUUCACAUCCCCUCUUGGGUUGGGUUUAUCCUCUCACACGUUUCUCUUGUCCCCUUGUUUUGUUGUGGAAUCUGACCAGCCCUCUCUCCCUCUCUUUCUCAAUUCUCAAACUCCCAACAAAGGAUAUCAGCAGAAAUACCAAGUACCACCAUUUUGACAAGUGGUCUUGCUGCACUUCCCAUUAGGACAAAUGCUUGCCAGGAUUCUUAUCAAGGCUUGGGGCAUUUCAAAAAGUGAUAUUGAGCUCAUCAAAUGCAAUUUUAGUCCUUUGAUUGAUGCAUACCACUCACCCUUGCAUCUCUCAAGGAUAGCAUAUAAAAGAAGAAGAGAGGAUUACCAACUUUUGCUUGUAGUAUUAUGGCAGGGCUUGAUGGUCAAGCUAAAUUUGUUGAGGGCAGUGACUUCGUGGCCAUCUUAUCAUCUCAAGGGAUAGAUUAUCUUUUAUCUGGUGAAGGAAAGGUGCCCUUGUCAUCAUGUGAUUGUAAGGUAAUUUGCCUCUUCUUCUCGGCAAACUGGUGCAGGCCAUGUAAAGCAUUUGCUCCCCAGCUUGUGAAAAUUUAUAAUAGCCUAAGAGGUACUGGUAAAAAACUAGAGAUUGUCUUCAUCUCCUUUGAUCGCGAUGAGGAUGGAUUCAAGGAACACUUCAAGUGUAUGCCAUGGCUUGCAGUCCCAUUUGAAGUAAACUUGCAUAGACAUUUGAGUGACAUCUAUCAUGUUAAUCGCAUUCCAUCAUGUAUCUCGUUGGGUUCAGAUGGAAUAUCAGUUGAAGAAGAUAUGAUUGGAUUGAUAGAAGACUUUGGUGCUGAAGCAUUUCCCUUCACCAGGGAAAGAUUCGACGAACUGAGGUCUAUCGAUGAUGCAAAGCGCCAGGGAGGAAAAUUACAGCAACUUCUGGCACAUGAAGGACGAAACUAUGUUUUAUCAGGAGAUACUAGAAAGAUAUUUGUAUCUGAACUUGUUGGCAAGACAAUAGGCCUUUACUUUGGCGCACACUGGUGCCCUCCAAGCCGUGCCUUCACUACGCAACUUAUCCAAAAUUACAAUGAGAUCAUAACCACUAAUGAUGGAUGCUUUGAAAUUAUCUUAGUCUCUACAGACCGAGACCUUAAAGAAUUUAAUACCAACCUAAGUAACAUGCCAUGGCUUGCUAUUCCAUACGAGGACAGGACACGGCAAGACCUUUGCAGGAUCUUUAACAUUAAAGGGAUUCCAGCUUUGGUCAUUAUUGGACAAGAUGGGAAGAUCAUUAGAACAGAUGGGAAAGCCAUGAUUUCCUUAUAUGGUGCUAAGGCUUUCCCAUUUACAGAGUCAAGGAUUACAGAGAUCGAAGCAACUUUGAAGGAGGAAGGAGAUGCAUUACCUCGGCAAGUAAAAGAUAUAAAGCACCAACAUGCUCUGAAGUUGGACAUGGCAAAAGCAUAUGUAUGUGACUGCUGCAACGGGCAAGGCAAGUUCUGGGCAUUCUCUUGUGAUGUGUGUGAUUAUGACCUUCAUCCAGCAUGUGUAGAAGAGGCAUGCUCAGACUGUUUAAUGAAAGUCCGCGAUAUUAAUUUAACAGCCUAAAUGUAAUACUUGAAUGAAGAAUAAAUUACCUUACCUCUCCAAGAAAACAAAUUUUCUUGUCCAUUUAUUUAAUGUAAGAAACUGAUUUUGUGCAACAAUUUAAGACUAGUGGAUUAAGGAGUCAAAGGCCUCA